AUGUCUAUGAAACGACAAGGGCAAUCAACAGACACACCACAUGCUCCAAACUCAUCUCGUGAACCAAAUGACACACUUUCCGGAGACGAAUAUGAAGAGAAGUACCCGGAUGGCGGCCUGAAGGCCUGGCUAGUUGUCGUCGGCGCUUUCGCGAUGUUAAUCUGCACAUUCGGCAUGAUGAGUUCGGUCGGCGUCCUCCAAUCAUACUGGCAAACACACCAAUUGAAAUCAUACCCGUCGAGUACAGUCGGCUGGAUACCGUCGGUAUUUGUCUUUUUCAAUUUAAUGCUAGGCAUCCAAAUUGGUCCCAUGUUCGACAGGUACGGUCCUCGAUGGAUCAUUCUCACCGGAUCACUUCUCUACGUCCUAUCUUUUUUUUUACUCGCCGAAUGCAAGGAAUACUAUCAGUUCAUGCUAUGUAUGAGUGGUCUCGGUGGAAUCAGCAGCUCUCUCAUAUCGACACCGACAAUGGCAUCUAUUUCACACUGGUUUCACAAGCGUCGAGGCUUGGCUACGGGUAUUGCGAUGGCGGGUGCUAGUAUCGGAGGCAUACUUUUCCCUAUUAUUUUGAGACAUGUGAUAGAUCGAUUAGGGUGGCCGUGGGCUAUGCGUAUCAUGGGCUUUAUUUUCGUCAUCCUUCUUACUAUUGGAAAUCUUUGUGUCAAGGGUCGACUCCCUCCGAAGGCAGGCAAGGGAACAAUUGACAUGAAGUGCUUCUCGGAUUCAAGAUUCGUAUGGACUACAGCAGGUGCAUUCUUUAGUGAAAUUGUUCUUUUUGCAUCGUUAGGUCUGGUACCUUCCUACGCAGUGGCUCAAGGAUUCGGCUCGGGCACAGGCACUUAUUUACUGGUUGUUUUAAAUGCAGGAUCGGCCGUGGGACGAUUGCUCGCAGGCUUGACAUCCGAUCAUUUUGGCGCAUUCAACACCAUGGCUGUCAUAAUAUCUGUGACCACGGUUUUGAUUUUUGGGCUAUGGGUACCGCUCGGGCAUUACAUUGGCGUUCUUUACCCGUUCUCUUUCAUGCUUGGACUUGGAACUGGGAGCUUUCUAAGCCUGACACCUGUCUUCGGAACCCUGGUGGGUAUUCCCAUCGCUGGAGAACUACUCCAGGUAGCGGGCCCAACGCGACUGGCUGCCGUUCUCGGCGGCAUCUUUGGGCUAGCACUGGUGAAUUUUAUGAUUGCACGAUGGUCAUGUUUAAAGUGGGAGUGGAAAUGGUGGGCGAAGGUCUAA